CCUAAAAGCGCUCGGUUGCUCGUCCAAGUGUCCAACUCCGCCUUCUCCUCGUCGCCGCCGCCGCCGGCGCCGGCGUCUUCUCGUCCGUUCCGGUAACCCAAUCCGUCAGGCCAGCCAUGGAGGAGUAUUUGGCUAACGUGAAGACCCUCCGCUCCUACAUGAGCGAUCUGGAGGAGGAAGCGACGAAGCGGUCGGCGGAGGAGCAGAGGCAGCUCACGGCCAUCGAAGCCCACGGCGCCGAUCUUGCCCAAGUGAGGGCGCAGACGAAGCAGGCUAGCGAGGAGGCCGAGCAGCUUUCGAAGAGGAAGGCGCAUGUCUGCGUAGAGAUGUCUGAGAAGCAGGGCAGGAUUGCCGCGCUGGAGAUUGAAUGCGCCACGCUGAAGCAGACCUUGGAGCUCCUCCAUCAGGAGAUUGCAAGUACUUCUUCAAAACUCAUUGAGAAAAGAUUGUUCUACACAAAGACGAUAGAAAGCUUGACUGUCAAAUUACAGGAACAACAGGAAUGGCUUGGUGCAUUUAAGCUUGAGGUGAUUACAAUAGAACCAUCUGCUGAAGCAUCUCAGGGCAAGCAAAACCUCCUUCAAGGACAAAGCCAUGGAACUAACUCAUGUGGGAGCAUAGAUAAGGGAAAUGACAUUGGAAACAAGCAAGGAGAAGUGAGGAUUCAACUGGAGUCAACUAAACUUAAGGUUGAAGAGAUCAAAGCAAAGCAAUCGGCACUUCUUUUGGAGAUCAACAAUAGUAAGCAGACCAUAGAGCAAGAGAAAAACACAAUUUCUGGCUUUCCUGCUCCACUACAGCAGAUGGAUAUAAAAUCUUUAGAGGAGGAACGCAAAGCUCUACAAGCUGAUAAGGAUGGAGAAGUUGAGUUCUUUCAUUCUCUUGAGGCGGUUUCUGCUGCAGUAAAAUGCCGCUGCGGACUGGAGUACAAGGUAGAACUAGGUAGCAAAGCCAUGGAUCUAAGCUAAACUCGUCCAUAGUGGCCACAGUUACACACUGAUAUAUAUGCUUGUAUAUACGUGUUACUGUUUUGGGAGAGCUCAUAACUUCGUAUAGAGAUUUACUGAACAUUGAUAGAGAUGUACUCAACUGAACAUUGUUACGACGUGAGCCCGUUAAAAGAUAGAAUAGCAAAUGAAAUGCAUAAGCAAGAGCAUUGAGCGGGCAAAAGAUUUUGAAUUGAUAUAUUUAGCUGCACCUUGUUGGAACUUCUCUCUGGCUCUCUGCAGCUUGAAAUACAGUAUUCUUUUCCAUUUUCUUGCAAAUUUUAAGUGGGAACUUUGCGAUGAGGUAUUGAGGUGA